CAUGGGUACAGUUAGCCCAGUAUCCCUUGACGCCCCGGAGGGUAAGCGACCCAAACAAACAUGGCGCCACAGGCAGACAUACACGAGGAGGUGACCCUUCAGGCGGUCAUCCUCGCCGAGUGUGAGCAGGACUAUGGCGACCCCGUGACCCAGGACGUGCCCAAGGUCCUAGUCCCCCUGGCCAACACCCCCCUGCUGGCGUACUCCCUGGACUGGCUGGAGCGCUGCGGAGUGGACGAGGCCAUUGUGUAUUGCCGAGCAGACCGCCACCUGGAUGCUAUCAAGUCGCAUUGCAGGGCAUUCAUGGGGCGACGCGAAGACACCCCAAACACCACCACCACCACCACCACUAACGUCGGGGGCGGCGGUGGGGGGCUGCAGGUGAGCGUGGUGGCCUCGGAGGACUGCCGAUCGGUGGGGGACGCCAUGCGGGACCUCUACGCUAAGUCCUUGCUGAAGGGGGACUUUAUCCUCAUGCAGGGUGACUGUGUGACCACCCUGGACCUGCCGACUCUGGUGGCGCAGCAUAGAGAGAGCCGGGCAUUAGACAAGAGUGCCAUUAUGACCUGUGUGUAUAUAAAUGGUACCUACGGUGGUGGCGGUGGUGGUGGUGGUGUUGAGAGGGCCACCACAGCUUCCCUCAUGGUCUCCGCCUCCUCCGCCAAGCUCCUCCAGCACCGCCGACGCAGCCAUGUCCCGGGCCGCAAGCUGUCGGUGCCUACGGAGUUCCUUCAGGGCCACUCGGACAUCCUGCUGUACCCUGCUGCGCACGACCCCAGCAUCACCAUCUGCUCCGAGGUUGUUCCGUCGCUCUUCUCAGAUAACUUCGACUAUGGCACCCUCGACAGCCUGGUCAGGGGGGUGAUCGAGCAAGAGGAGCUGCUGGGAUAUACCAUCAAGUGUAGGGUGCUGCCAGGAGGGGCCGGAAGGGGGUAUGCCGCCCGCGCUGCCACCCUGCCCACCUUUGUUAAGAUGAGCGGUGAUGUGGUGCGGCGGAGGACUCACCCGCUGGUCCCUGAGGUCAGCCUGAUCAGCCACCGCGUCCGCUACACCCAUGACCCAUACACCAACACCUACUGGGAUCCUUCCGCUAAGUUCCCCAAAGGCAGCGGGGUGCGGAACGCUGUGGUGGGUGCUGGGACGGAGGUCAGCGCCAGCGUGAGCCUCUGUGAUUGUGUGCUGGGUGACCACUGCAGCCUGGGGGAGGAUGUGCGGGUGACGGAUGCAGUGGUGAUGGGGCAUGUGACGGUCAAGGCUGGGUGUGUGCUGGAGCAUUGCUGGGUGGGGGAGCGGGCAGUGCUGGGGGAGGGGGUGAGCGUGCCCCACGGGUGUGUGCUCGGGGCGGGGGUGGUCCUCGGCCCCGGUGUCAAGCUCUCCCCCGGCACCCGACUGGCCGCUCACCCGCCACCCGACGAGUUUGGCGACCCCGGGGCUGUUGCGGAACCCGACCCAAACAUCUGUGGGAAGGGAGGAAGGGCCUUCAUCGUGCACCAGGAAGAAGAGGAAGAGGAGGAGGAGGAAGAGGAAGAAGAGGAGGAGGAGGAGGAUGGUGGAGGAGGAGGUGGAGGAGGCCUUGGGGAGAUGAGUGGAGAUGAGAGCGAGGAGAUGGAGAUGAGUGAUGAAGAGGAACAUCACAGAAAUGAGUUCCGUCGGGAGGUGGAGGAGAGCCUGACCACGGCGCUGCGGGAUGGCUCAGCGGCGGAGAAUGUGGUGCUGGAGAUCAACGCGUCCAGACAUGCUUACAACAUCACCAUGGAGGAUGUGCUCACUACUGUUAUGCAGGGCGUGCUGAAGGCGGGGCAGGGGCGGGGCGGGGCGGCGGAGGGGUCCUGGGCGGGGGUGAAGGGGGCGCUAGGGACCUUCAAGGAGGUGCUCGCAAACUACACCAAGAAGGGGCGAGACCAGCUGCUUGUGCUUAAUGCUGUGGAGGAGCUAGCGGCCUCCACCCCAGCCUUCCUGCCGCUGGUGAACCGUAUUUUGUUCGAGCUUACGCAGACUUACGAGAUCCUGGCCGACGAGGUGGUGGUGCAUUGGUACAGGGGGGGCGGCGGGGGCACAGCAGCCUUCCCCGCCCUCAAGGACCAGCUGGCCAAGUUCAUCAAGUGGUUGGAGGAGGAAGAGGAGGAGGAGGAGGAAAGCGAUGAUGAAGAGGACUGAGAUGAAGAAGAUGGCAACGAUGAAGGGAGGAUGAAGAUGAAGAAGGGACACAGGAGAGCUCGGACAGUGUUGCCAAGUUCAGCGUACAUUUGUUGACCUUUUCCCUUCGUCCUCAGCGUUGCCAUAAAAAAAUAUCUUCAUGUGCAGCGUUGCCAUAAAAAAUAUCUUCAUCUGCAGCGUUGCCAUAAAAAAAUAACGAAAAUAAAUGAGAGAAAUGAAAACAACAAAUAUCAGACAGUGUUGCCAAGUUAAACGCACAUUUGUUGACCCUUUCCCUUCGUCCACAGUGUUGCCAUAAAAAAAUAUCUUCAUCUGCAGCGUUGCCAUAAAAAAAUAACGAAAAUAAAUGAAAACAACAAAAAUUGGACAGUAUUGCCAAGCUAAUCAUUUCAUUGGUGUCUGAGUGGGUCAAAAUUGUUACCUCCGACAAGUUCGAUAAUUUCAGUGUUUUCUGUGUCAAACCCUUGGGCAUUAAUGGCGCCUGAGUCUGCGGUGUGGGUUAUCGUGCCCUGGCAACCUGAUGUCACCCGGCAUGUCUAAUUUAAUGGAUGAUAGGAAACGGUUGUCAGUAUCACUAAUAACAAUAAGGAAUAUAUUGUCAAUUAUUGUAGAUUUGAGUCUAAUUAGUUCAAGUUGUAGGGGGGUUGAGGGAAGGGGCUCUGGUUGUGUUGGUAGCCCUGAUUUCUGAAGGGGAGAGGGAGGGGCGCUCAAGACAUUCACGGCCCUCGCAUCCCUCUCUCCACACUAGGCCUCAUGAGGUGACUAUCUCCUCGCUAUGCUUCCGCGGGUGCCUCAUCCUGCCUCGCCAAUCAUAAUAUCUGUUCUUGACCUGCUAGAUUCGAGGGUGCUGCUUCAGGAUAUCAAGAAGUAAGAGUGUUGUUCCGUGAUCACCCCACGUUCAUUGCCAUCAAAGUUUUCAGCUAUGAUACUGAGCAGCUCACAGACUUUUUUUUAUAUAUAUAGCCUCAUGCCCCCAAAAUACCUCUCGCACCUCCGUUUUCUAUUGUUUUUCUGAGUCUGGGUGCACGAGUCGCCUGGUGAGGCUUGGUGUGGACGUGGCUGUACUCAUGUCACGGCCUGGCGGGCUCAAAAAGACAUGGAAGCAAUUAGCAGGUUAGAUGUUGGUGUUGACGGGAAGCGAUUAGCAGGUUAGAUGUUGGUGUUGACGGGAAGCGAUUAGCAGGUUAGAUGUUGGUGUUGACGGGAAGCGAUUAGCAGGUUAGAUGUUGGUGUUGACGGGAAGCGAUUAGCAGGUUAGAUGUUGGUCUUGACGGGAAGCAAUUAGCAGGUUAGAUGUUGGUGUUGACGGGAAGCGAUUAGCAGGUUAGAUGUUGGUCUUGACGGGAAGCGAUUAGCAGGUUAGAUGUUGGUGUUGACGGGAAGCGAUUAGCAGGUCAGAUGUUGGUGUUGACGGUUGUAGACGAUUCUUUUUGUAUCAUCACAGGUUAGGGCAAUGAUAAUAAUAAUAAUGGUAAGACAUUAAAGAUAUGAGUCAGU